AUGUCGAAAGAAACAGCGUCUAUGAGAGAAAUACAACACAACCGACAACUCAUUGUACAAGCUCUAAAUAAGAACACAACAAACUUUUCAAACUAUUCUAAGAUAUCUGAGUCAUUGAAAGAAGGAAACUUAAAACUGACGAUAAACCCAUUGACAGACGAGUUUCUGUUUCAAGACAGUAAGAACCAUACUGUCUGUAUAAAUCCAACAAAAGGAACUUUAAACGAGAAGCCUAUAAAAGAACUUCUUUUGAAAGCAGAUGUUGACAACAAAGCUGACAAAGAAUAUGUAGACGAUGCAAUAGCAAAAGAAGAAGAAAGAGCUAACAAUGCUUAUGCAACAAAAGAACAUACUCAUCCUGAACUAGCAGACAAAACAUAUGUUGACAAUAAAAUGUCAAGUGAAGUGACAAGAGCUGAAAACGAAUAUUCUAAAAAGACUCAUACACAUUCUAUAUCUGAAAUAACAAACUUACAAGAAACCUUAAACAGGAAAAGUGACGUUGGACAUACACAUACAUCUUCUGAAAUAACAGACUUAAACGUUAGCCUUGAAAAGAAAGCAGAUAAAACAUAUGUCAAUGAAAUAUACCAAAGUUUAGUUGGAACAAAAAAUAUUGAAACUAUUGUUGGUGACUUUUCUGUCAAUGAAGAAAAUAAAUAUUUUAGAUGUGAGUUUGUACACUCCUUAAGAAAUGGUAUACGGUAUAAACUCAUUCCGAAAAAUAACAAUGAAAUGUAUGUAAGCUAUAAAAAGAACGAUGGUACACAAGUUAAAGUUCCAUUAGACAACAACUGCUACUUAAACUUCUAUGGAGACGAACAAAAGAAAUAUUUAAGAGUUUAUGAAAUGGCAGAUAUGACAUUGCCUGACCCAGCUCCAGCACCAUAUUAUUAUGACUAUGGAGAUGACGUUAGAACACCACAUGUAGAUGAACAAAAGCUAACAUUAUAUUUAGAUUUUUAUAGAUAUAAAAGAUAUAAUGCAAUAGAAAAAACGAGAAUAGUAUACUAUUAUGAAGAUGACAGAAAUAAAUAUUAUAGUCAAGACUUUACCUACCCUGAAAACAUAAGAUUAUAUUAUAAAAAAUAUUCUAACACAAACCAGAAGAAACCUGAAAUAGUUGCACUAUAUUUUAAGUUCAAAAGAGACAAUCCUAUAAUAUCUCAUAUGUUUGAUUUAAUGAACCCAGUAGGUUCUAUUUAUACAUCUAUGGAAGCAAGAGGUCCUCAAGUAA